AGCGUAGUUUCGACAAAAUUUAACUUUGUGGAAAAAUCAUACAUUUUUCCAUAGUUUUCUACCUUUAAAACUUACCAUGAGUGUUAGUGACAACAGCGAAGACGGGCAACUGAUCAGUCCGGACGGUUUGAGUGGCGGUGAAGAGGAAACGACAGAUUCCUUGGACAUCAAGCCGCCGCAGGCUACGGCUGUCGGUUACUAUGCUAAGCGGAAGGAGAAAAAGUCCAAGCAUUCCAAGGAACAUUACCGUCAUGCGACUACCGCAGGCCGAGACCACUAUUCGGAAUCGAGACGGGAAGGUUACAGAGGGCAUCGGGAGCGGGAGCGCGAUCGUUACCAGAAAGAAGUCAGGAUGGAACGUACGCGAGAACGAGGCCACGAAAAAGAACGGUAUCACUCGUCUUCCACGGGGCAUCAUUCCAGGGAUAAUCGGUACGAGUUGAACCCAUUCUAUGGGGAGAUUCGAGAGACUUACCAGAGCAAAAAGGAGCGGGACCGGGAGUACUACGAGAAAGAACACGAAAAGCGCGAGAAGGACACAGAAAAACAGGAUCCGGUUAAGCUGCUGGAAGAUUUGAGGACGAGAUUAUUGCACAAGAAAAGCAAGUACGAUUCUUCCAAGCAGCAGGAGGAUCAGGUUCAACACGAAGGCGAAAGUAGGAAGGAGAAAAGCCACCGUCAUCAUCAUCGUCACCGCGAACGAAAGGAACGCAUCGAAACUGAAUAUGUUGAAAUCAUGGAAAGUCCGGAGCAUAAUGAGCAAGCUACAAAGGUUACACCGGAAGUUAAAGAUAAAGAGCAUGAUGAACGGAGAGCAAAACUUUUGGAGGCAGAACGUCAGAUGGCUCGCCGUAAGGAAGCUGCUAGAGAUGAAUUAGAAAGCAGACGGCUUAUGAGGCGGGAGCGUAAGGGUUCAGAUUCACCGGAUGAAAGGAAAUCGAAGAAACAAUCGCUUUUAGAAAAUGAUGAUACGAUGGAAAGUGCAGGGGAAGAAAAGACGAAAACGACAAAGAAGAAGGCUAAAAGACAUGCAAAUUCCGAUCAUUCGGACAGGGAAAUGAACUCCGAAGAGGAAGACGACGAUACCAAUUCGGACAGUUCAUCCUCAAGCAGCGGCAAUGAUGACUCUCGCGAUGUAUCUGAAGAUGAAGAGAAACCACCGGACAGUCCAUUGUCGGUGGGCGACUUAGUCAAAUCGGAUAGAAGAGACAGAAGUGAAUCACGAUCUCGAUCUGGCUCGAGGUAUCGUUCAAGAUCACGAUCGACGCGUUCUCGAUCCGGUUCCGGGUCGAGUAGAAGUCGAUCCCGUAGUCCUCGUCGUCGCCACGAAAGCAGUCGCAGUGUAUCGCCCAGGUCUGACCACGAAACUGGAGAUGGGCCAUCAAAGUCUGGAGAUAAGGUCGAGCCGAAAUCUCCACCAGUUGAGGUGGAAGAAGAGGAACGACUCCCACCAUACUUUCCGGGAAUUCAGGGGUGUCGCUCCGUGGAGGAAUUUCAAUGUCUCAAUCGAAUUGAAGAAGGCACCUACGGAGUGGUGUAUCGUGCUAAGGAUAAACGCACCGAAGAGAUUGUCGCCUUGAAACGACUCAAGAUGGAGAAGGAGAAGGAAGGCUUCCCGAUUACUUCACUAAGAGAAAUCAAUACGCUGCUCAAAGGGCAACAUCCAAACAUCGUGACAGUGCGGGAAAUCGUAGUUGGUAGUAAUAUGGAUAAAAUUUUCAUAGUAAUGGACUACGUUGAGCAUGAUUUAAAAUCACUGAUGGAAACUAUGAAGCACAAGAAGCAAGUAUUCCUCCCAGGUGAGGUCAAAUGUUUGACCCAGCAAUUGUUGCGUGCUGUAGCGCAUCUUCACGACAACUGGAUUCUUCAUCGUGAUCUAAAAACAUCUAACCUCCUACUUUCGCAUAAAGGCAUUCUCAAGGUGGGUGACUUCGGUCUCGCUAGAGAGUACGGGUCUCCCUUGAAGGCAUACACUUCGAUCGUGGUAACUUUAUGGUACCGGGCGCCAGAGCUGCUCCUCUGCUGUAAAGAAUACUCUACCCCGAUUGACAUCUGGUCUGUCGGUUGCAUUUUCGCCGAGUUCCUUGCUAUGACCGCCCUCUUCCCAGGUAAAACAGAGCUCGAUCAACUGAAUCGCAUUUUCAAAGAACUUGGCACACCGAACGAGAAAAUCUGGCCCGGCUACAACCAACUUCCUGCCGUUCAAAAGAUGACAUUCACCGAAUAUCCCGUGUCGAAUCUGCGGAAACGUUUCUCACACCAAACCAGCGAGUUGGGUAUCUCGCUUCUGCAGGGACUGCUAACCUUCGAUCCCAAACAGCGAUUAACGGCGGAAGUGGCCCUCAAGCACAGCUACUUCAAAGAACUGCCGCUUCCCAUCGAUCCGGCAAUGUUCCCGACAUGGCCGGCCAAAAGUGAGCUGGGCCUGAAGAAGGCUCUCGCUUCCAGUCCCAAGCCACCGAGUGGAGGUGGCGAAUUUAAGAAACUGGGUGAUGAUCCUGUGGCUGAAAGCUCUGGUUUUCAUUUGGGUGGAACCUACGCAGAAUCACGGCAGAUGGCCAUGGGGCCUGGGUUUAGUUUGAAAUUCUGAUAAGACGAGUAAUUUUCUGUUUUUCUUCGAGGGAUGAGACUCGUAGAUGGG